AUGGCAACUAGUGAACGAAUAAAACUAAAUACAACAGAGCACAAGAUUGUAAAAAAGAUUUUUAAUGAAUUAGAACAUUGUGCAAAAAUAGACGAUCAAGAAACCAAAGAGAAAAUAUUAGAACAAUUCAAUUCAAAAUAUGCCAAUGAAACUAAAUUUACAAGUUCAAAUGAACAAAAAUACUUCUUAAAUAUUUUACGUGUUCUUAUCAAGAAAAGUUUACUUAGUUCUUCAAAGAAACUUGCUACAUUAAAUGAAUUCUAUUGUUUAAGAAUAUUAUUACGUGAUUCAGAAUUUCUAAUCGUUUUUCUUCAAGAAAAUGGAUUAGUUGGUUUAAAAAAUCAAAUGGAUUUGUAUACAUAUUAUCUCUCAUCAAAUUUCAAUGAUAAUAAUAAUAAAUUAUCUUCUAUGGCAUCUAAAGCACUUGGAGAUAUACUUCGAAUUCUUCAAAAACUUUUAAUGAAUACACCAAAUCAUGCUGAACGAGAGUUUUUCAUAUCAAGUCAUAUUAUUCAAUCAAUUACAAAUCUAUUAAAUCAUCGAACGUCUCCAUUAUUACAAGAAACAUUAACAUUAUUAUUAUAUAUGACUGAUAAAUUAGAAUUUUAUAUCGAAGAAUUUUUUAAAUCAGAAACAAUUGAAUAUCUAUUUCAUCUACUUGAAUAUAAAGAUCUUGAAACAAUACAACUUUCAUUACAUCUUAUGGCAACUUUUCUUUCUUAUUCUGAAAUACGUCAAUAUAUUCCAUAUAUACCAAAUGAUUUUUUAUAUACAUUUACCAGUUAUUUAAGUUAUACUAAUGUUAAAGUUCUUGAGCAUGCUAUAUGGUGUUUAACAAAUUGUGCUGAUAAUGAAGACGAUCGAAGAAAAAUACGUUUAACUGGAGCUAUUCCUCUACUACUUUCAGUUCUUGAAAAUGGAAAUCGUUUUGAUUUUUCAUCGCCAUCGACAAAAACAAAUCGAAUACAAUCCGGAUCAAAUUCACAUAGAAAUAUCGAAGUAAACAAUAAUUCUUCACAUUAUGAUCAAUUAUUUGAUAUGCAAUCUGCUUGUUGCAAUUGUCUUGCUGAACUUUCAUAUAAUUUUACUAAUAGUCAAACAAUAAUUGAACGUAAUGGUAUUUAUAUUUUAGCAAUGCUUCUUUUUCCUGACAAUGAUGAUGUUCAACGAUUAGAAACAUUCAAUCAUUUACAACGUACUGUUUUUAAAAUAUUACGAUUUUUAUUUCCAUCAAAUGAAAGAAAUGAUCAAUAUCAAUAUAAACGAUUAUUUCCAGCAUCAAUAUUUGAAUUAUUUGUUGGUAUUGGAAAUUUUCAACGUGAUCCAAAUCUAUAUAAAGAAAUAACCCAUGCGUGGAAUUCAAUUAAUAUGGAUGAAUUAACUAAAAUUAAACUUGAACGUCUACAAUCAUUUAAUCCAAAACAAGAUCCAACAAGAUUUAUUCGAGAUUAUGGAGUUUAUGAAUGUCUUGGUUCAGGAGCAUUUGGAUCUGUUUAUCGAGUAGCUCAACGAGGUUCAACAACGAUGUAUGCAUUGAAAGAGAUCAAUAAACGUUCAUUAGGAAAUGAUACAGAUCGUAGUUUAGGUAAAAUGAUUAACGAAGUAAAUAUCAUACGUGAAGAAUUACGUCAUCCAAAUAUUGUUAAUUAUUAUCAAAUAUUUAUUGAAAAUGAUAAUAUAUAUAUUAAAAUGGAAUUAAUUGUUGGUUAUUCACUACAAAAUUUUUUAUCAAUAAUUAAACAUACAAAUCAAAAAAUGUCCGAAGAUAAUAUCUGGAAAGUUUUUAUUCAACUUAUACUUGCAUUAAGAUACAUACAUAAACAAAAAGGAAUUGUUCAUCGAGAUUUAACAGCAAAUAAUAUUAUGUUAGAUGAUGAAUACAGAGUUAAAAUUACUGAUUUUGGUUUGGCUAAAUUACAUAAUGAUGAUUGUAGUAAAAUGACAUCCGUUGUUGGUACAAUGUAUUAUGCUUGUCCAGAAAUUAUUCAACAUUUAAGUUAUAAUGAAAAAGCUGAUAUCUGGAGUUUAGGUUGUGUACUCUAUCAUAUGGCGGUAUUGGUUCCACCAUUUUAUACUUCAAAUCUUCUACUACUUGCUACAAAAAUAUGCACAAGUGAAUAUGAUAAAGUACCAUUGAAAUCUUAUUCAGAUUGUAUUCAAAAAAUAAUUCAUGAAUGUUUAAUUGUUGAUCCAUUAUAUCGUCGAGAUAUAUGUGGUAUUGCACAACUAUGUACCGAACAAUUAAUGUCCUAUGCUGAUCGUUCGUGUACGACAAUAAAAUCAUUAGAAAAACGUUUAAGAGAACGUGAAAGUAAACAUGAACGUUAUAUUUUAAAACAACAAUUAAAUCAUCAAUCAACACGUUUAAGUUGUUCGAGUGUUAAAGAAUCAUCAAUUAGUAGUAAUAGUGGAAUACCUGAUGUUAUUUUUGAGGGAAUAGAUGGACAAAAUGAUAUUAGUAAACAAGAAUCGAUUACUAUUGCUUCCGAUUGUGAAACAAUUGAUAAUGUAUCAAAUAAUAUUCGACGUCGUGGAAGUUCAGCUGGUCAAACUCGAUCGUUAGAAUCAUCAAAUAUAUCAUGUGAAAGUGGUUAUGAUAGUAAUAAUAUAGCACAAGGUCUUUAUCAUUCUUCAAAUUCACUAAAUACAGAGCGAAAAUCAAGUGCUACUUAUAGUCGUUCACGGCCAGUAUCAGGAAAUGGUUCAAUAAGUAUAUCAAAUUCACGACUUCGAGCUACUGAUCCAGUUACUCAACUACUUGAAAUAGUUCAUAAAUUAGUUUAUAUUUCUUAUAUUCCACCAAAUACAAUUAACGCUAAAUAUCGACAUUUAAUUGAUCGUUAUAAAAGUUAUUUAUUUUUGAAAACAUCAUCACAUAAUUUAAAAAGUGAACUAUUAAAAUUAUCCAAUCAUUCCAAUGAUUGUAUUGAAUUUGAUACUGAAACUGGUCGACGAAUGAUUGCUUUUCAAUCAUUGACAAACUCUUCAUCAUCAAAUUAUUUAACAAAUUUUAAAUCUAUUGAUUUAACUAUUCCGGAAAGUGAUGGAUCAGUAACAUAUGAACAGAUGAUGUCCUAUAUUGAUCAAAUUCUUCUCGAAACAGAUUAUUAUAAAGAUUCUAUAGUACCAACAACAUCCAAUGAUUCUCUCCCACCGAUUGCUCAAAAAACGCCUCGACCUUCAUCACGAAGACAAUAA